ACGGUUUGUGUGAAUGCCGCCAAUCGGUCGAAAUGUUUUCACGUUUCGUUCCAUUCCGUGACGUCUAGUGUUAAUCAACUUUUGCAUGUUUAGUCGGUGCAUUAGAGAAUGAACAGGAGUUUUAAUUUUUAAUGCAACUUACCUCUCUUAUAUUUCUCUUCUUCUCUAAGCCACUGAAAACAUUGUCUGUUUUGAUUCCAUGAGUUCCCAACAGUCGUUCAAAGAUCUUCCUUUCGGAAGCUGACGGCUGCGAUAUUGCAUCUCUAUGUUUAUGUUACAGCUAGUCUGUUGUGCGUUACGGUUAUGUUUAGUUGUAGAUUAGUUAGUUGUGUGUAGCAUUACUGUUGCAAAUGGCGAAUGAUAGAGAAAUACUGAGAGAGAUUUGGAAUGGGCGGAUACCGACGUGUUUUCAUUUAAAUUCAGAAGAAGUGCAUGACGUUCAGGUUCCUGAUCCAGUGUACCUGAUGAUUCCUAGGUUAAGCUAUUUCCCAUUAGUGACAGAUAAGAUACGUAAACAUUUCAUUCGUCAUAUACACCCAGAUAAACAGAAUGCAGAAAUGUGGCUGGACUACAAUGGCCAAGCUCUGAAAUGGCAUUAUCCAAUUGGUGUCCUUUAUGACUUGUACGCAUCUGAAAGUAACUUGCCUUGGAAUAUAACUGUACAUUUUGAAAAAUUUCCUGAAACAGAAUUACUUCACUGCCCUGGUAGAGAAGCUGUGGAAUCACACUUCAUGGCCUGUGUGAAAGAGGCGGAUGUUCUAAAACACAGAAGUCAAGUUGUAUCAAACAUGCAAAAGAAGGACCAUAUGCAGUUGUGGCUUGGCCUGCAGAAUGAUAAGUUUGAUCCAUUUUGGGCAACCAAUAGAAAACUCAUGGAAGUUACUGGUGACGAGACAUUUAAGUAUAUACCAUUCCGCUGUUAUAAUAGUGAGGAGCCAUUCCUGCAGAAACUGGUGAAACCUGUGACAGAAGAGGGGCAGCGCAAAACCCUUCAGCAUUUGCUACAAGAAGUCUACCCAAAUUUACCCAAUGUACGAGUGGUAACCCACGGAAUUGAACCUCCAUUAGACACUCCCCUGCAGUGGAUGAGUGAACAUCUCAGUUACCCAGACAACUUCCUGCAUUUGUGUGUUCACACAUAAUAUUUAAGCAUAUAGCUUUAUUUUCUUAUUAAUUUAUGAACUUCAUAAAUUUCAUGUUAUUUUCUCUUUGAGACUAGUUGUUUUUGUUUUGCUGUUUAUUUUAUGUAUUAUUUUAUAUUUUUAUAUUUUGUCUUAUUUAAGAUACCUGCCUAGUCCACUAUCAUGUAUACAUUUUGUGGUGCAAUGGAGCAGUUUUGUGUUCUUUUGUCCAUUGUUGUGCAAAAUUGUAUUAGCUCAUAAUGUCUUAGGUAUGGUUAUAAUUAUCGAGUACACAGGUGGGAAUUCUUAACAUGUACUUUUUGAGUGUAAUUGUAUUAAAUGUAUUGGAAUGAAAGUAUGCUCUUUGAAAUGCUUUACUAGAUUAUAUUGCUUUGUAACUGGGUGUGGAAAAUUGUGUUAUGAAUCUCAUUUAAAAUUCUUCAUUUUUAUUCUCCUUGGUAUAAGUGAGGCACGUUUUCUGGAUUGUUGAGUAAACUUGUGUGCAUUUUUGUGCACAUUUGUAUAUUGUCACUUAGUCUUAACAGAUAACCUUAUACAUUGGAUCAAAAUACCUGUUUAGAAUUUCUUAUUUUAGAAAACUAGAAUUUCCAGAUGUGGAUGAUUGUUCUGUACCCACCUUAUUAUACCACACAAGUAGUUUCCAAAUCUAUAUAUGAUUGCUUGUGCAUAGCAGUAUUUUCAGUAAUGAUAGACUGUGGAAAUUUGUAAUUCAUCCAGAAUAACAGUUACAGUCUAAAAAGUGAGAUAUUUGAGAUAUAGUUUUCAGUCAUAAUGUGCUUCUCUUCACAUUGCUGCUUUUCUACUGAAAACAAAGAAAAAAAACUUGUCUGACAUUCUCUGUAGAAGUUUAUGAAGACACCUGCUCCAAAUCAGGAAUACCAAGUUGCUAUUGGUUUUCUUAACAUCAAUGUCCUCCCAGCAAUUCAUGCAUUUUUGAUAUCCCAGUUGUACUACACUCUUACGUACCGUGUUUUAUGUAUACCAGUUUAUUUCUGUGAUAAGUAGAUUUUAAAGUUAGCGUUUGUUAUUGCAAACAGUAAACAGAGUGACACAGCAGUUUAUAGUGUGUGUGUGUGUGUGUGUGUGUGUGUGUGUGUGUGUGUGUGUGGGCGCGCGCACGCGUGCGCGCGUCCGCGUUUGUUGAGUAACGCGUAUCCGUGCUCGCGUGUGCGUGCGUGCUUGUAAAAAGUUGCAGAAAUUUGAACUUGAUGCACUCCUCAGUAUUGUUACAAGUGGAGUGCUGUGACACACAGUGUGGAUAAAUAAUCCUCAAUUGAGUCCCAAGUUCCUUCAAGAAAACAGGAACAAUUUGCCACUUUCAUUGAAAGAUAUUUCAGCAGAAGAUGCAUAAAAUACUGUUUUGUAAGGCCUGAAGGUGAACCUCGCAAUAUUUCCAAGAUGCAAAGUUAUUUGCUUUGGAUUUUAGUCUAGACUGCUGUCAGAGAUGCUUAAAACAUUUAUCUUGCAAAAGACUGUGUAUGCUAAAACAUAAUAAGCCACAAUUAAAUGUUGAUCAGCAAUAUCAUUGGUAUUAGAAAUGCACAUUGUCAUUUGGCCAUCACUUAUUAAUUAUUUGACGUGGAAUUUAUAAGGAAAAAGCUGUACAUUUUCAUCAGGGUUGGUGUUUCUUGAAUGAAUUUUUUACCCUACUGUGUGUGUGUGUGUGUGUGUGUGUGUGUGUGUGUGUGUGUGUGUGUGUGUGUGUGUUUUGUCUUGUUUUGUUUUGAAACUUCCUUUACAAUUAGUUAACAGUCUACUCAUUGGUGUGUUUCUUCUAUUCCAUACUUCUAAGUGCAAUAGGGUAGGUUACUGUAGAAAUUUCUUCUUUUCAGCCAAAUAUCCCAGUGGGCUGUGGGUGGAGCAGAGAGAUUCCAAAUUGGAAAUAUUUGGGAGGGGACUUCCAGUUCCAGCAUUUACCUAAUCACCUAGGGUAGAUUAAAAGUAUGUGUCACCAACUGGGACUCUAACCCAAGAUCUUGCCUAUUUCUUACCAACUUUGCUAGCCAGGUACUACACCCGAUGUGCCCUAGCAGCUUCUAUUCUGCCAGUAUCUCUCUCCUAGUUUCCAAACUUCACACAAAUUCUCCCGCAUAACUUGCAGGACUAGCACUCCUGGUAGAAAGAUCAAGUUGGUGUUUGUUUGUACUAUUAACGGCACAGAGACACAGCUGUUUCAUAGCACAUUUAUGUAAAUUGUGCAUAGAAUUAUUGAGUUAUGCACUUUUCAUUUUAUUCUUCCUCUCUGUGAAAGGCACUUAAAUUACUCUCGUAACUACUCGAUAUUUCAUAUGCUGUAUUUUAUAGCUGUCUUACCUUACCAUCUCGUUGCCUUUUAGUGUUACUUCGUUGUUCCUUUUUUUGCUUAUCAAUUAACUCAGUAUCAUCAAAAUCGAACAUUCGUACCAGUCGAUGAAUGCAUUUUCUUAUAUUUCUUGAUAUGCUUAUAUCACCAAAAAAAAAAAAAAAAACAAUGCACCCGACUUUGUUCUUUCACCCUAUGAUACCUUAUCAUGUAGUGAAGUUUAGUUGCAGCAUAACAAUGGAGUAAUUAAAAUAAAGUUGUUUCAUUUGAUGGAAAUUUUCAAUUUAAAUAUUUAGCUGUUUUGCUUUAUCCACAUCUGUCUUCCACUCUCAGGUUGAUGUUCAUUGAUACAAAUUUUGAGCAUGAUUGGAGGUUUCAUUUCUGUUAUCUUUGCAUAAACAUGAAAAAAGUUAUGCUGACACACACAUUCUUCAUUCUUCUAGUACAAUAUUAGGGUUUGAAGGUGGCAGUCAAUGAGGUACCGCAACUGGGAGACACCACUGUAUAUGAAUCAGAAUUACAUGACAUUAACUGUUCCCAUAGAGCCAGUAAUAAUGUGUUGUAAUCUUUGCAAACUCAUGUACAGUUGUAGUAGUUCACCAAAUUACAAAGAAUAAUGAAACAAUAGCCUGGCACAGUGAGUCUUGACACCAGUUAUGCCGAAAAAGCCAGACAUCUCCGAAGACAGCCUUUGUUACACUCUACAUACCAAACUGCUUUAGAUCUUAUUUUUAAGAGCAUUGUGAUUCAUGUUUCAUCUGUUUUUAACAAUCUGAAAUUUGAGUAUGAUGAUAAUCAUACCCCAAACUGUUUUACUGAACAUUGUUUGCAAGAAAUACUGUGAGUAAGUUAUCUUUUUUAUACGCUUCAGAGGAUAGGUAACUGAUGAUGAAUUUCUCCAGUAAUCAAACUCUACACUGCAAAAACAUUUUCCUACUUAGAUUUCUUUUGUGUCAGAUUGUUUGAGCACUUUAACUCUUCAUUGUGCUUAUUGUGGAAGCCUUAUAACAUAUUGUGCUGUAAUUACAGUAGUGCUCAGGACAUGGCAAAUUUGCCGAUAUUGCACACAUGGGGGAGUGGGGGGGGGGGGGGGGGAGCCUGAGAGAGAGAGAGAGAGAGAGAGAGAGAGAGAGAGAGAGAGAGAGAGAGAGAACUGUGAACUUUACUGGUGUAUUGUCAUCUUCAACACUACUUUCCUGGGUACGAGUCUGUAUCAUCCAACGACACUUUCCAGGGUAUGGGUCUCUGUAGUUGUGUUUUAUAGAUCAUAUCAUGAUGUUACUAUUGUUGGGUUUCUAAGAGACAAACUUGUUGUACAACUCUUUAUGCAAAGCUUCAGUACAUUUACUAUUUGUUUCUAUAGCAAUGAGGAUGCUCAAAUAAACAUGUUGUUAUUAUUUGGUGACAAUCAUAAAUUACUCUAUGAUGAUAUACCACAAUGUUAUUUUUAUGAAAACACAUUGGUUUCAAUGGGUAUCAAAUGUCGGGUUUUUCUGAAAUAUGGUCCAACAUUAAAAUAAAACGUGCUGAUAAUGCUGCAGUAAAAGUAGAAAACUCAUUUGUUACAUAUAUCAGUUUUUUUAAAUUAAUUACAUUUGAAUACACUGAUGUUCAAGCUAGAAUUUUUUUAACCGAUCGAAGUAUAAAGAAUUUAAAUUAUGGCUUAUAUUUUUAAUAGUAUUAAUAUCAGUAUUUCUUUGUGUUGUUGAUAUAUUGGAAAUUAAAAAGUAGGAGCAACUGACAUUAUAGUCCCCAUUGCGAGUCUCUCCAGAAAGCUUGUAUAAUAAUUUCAACAUUCUGUAAUUUUGAUUGGAAUUAUUAAAUGCUCUCAGUUGACCAUUGAAUAAAUGUUCAUGUGUGGCCAAUAAUUUUGAGAUGUUGGAGAGUAUCCUACAGGGGCUGUAAAAACAUUAAAAAUAUAUAAGAAGUUGCCUCUGUCCUAUGUCAUUUAUAAAGGCACUUAAACGUUCAGGAAUGUAAUGUUGCCACACUAUAUUAGUGUAGCUAUUAUACCUCACAGCUUUAUUAUACAUGAUCACCAUUGAUUUGAUGGAUUUUUUGCUUUGUCUGACAAAGUAAGAGUACAAUUUUCUUCCAGUACUGUACUUAAGUGAAUGGUAAAGCUCUAAGGCCUAGGAAGCAGGCUCUCAUUUCUGUGACUGUAAGAAGAGAUUUAGAUUUUACAUAUUGUUCUCGAAUCAGUGUUAUUACUGUGUGUACUGAAUGAGCCAAACAGUCUGGAGUAUCUAACAUCUUGAUAGAUUUGGUAGUGAGUGUAUUAAGUUUCCAGUGCAAUGUGGAAACAUAAUUAACUGAAAUGAGCUGACAAGAAAACAAGGAGGUCAGAGUGACCUCUUCUGGCACCCUUACAUUUCUUGCAUCAUUGUACGUUAGUCAUGUGGUACAUACAUUUUUUUGUUGUAUUAACUGCCUGAAGGGCUAAGAUGUCUUCCUGAAAAUGCCUUUAGUUAAAUUGCAUGAGUAACUCUAGGUUUUGUAACAUAUUUCAUGAGAAUGCUGGUUGAUUGCAGUUUCAUCUCUUUGUAUUUGUUGCCAGUAAUUUCAGCAAUCAAGCAGUUUUAAAACUACACAUGUAUGUUGUGAAAUAAUUAGUUUUGUACAUUGGUCUGCAUACUUAGUUACAUGACUGUACCUUUAUGUCCUGUGCCAGAUAACAUGGAGGUUGCAGCCCCUUAAAGAUGUUUUAUUUCGAAGUAGACUAACUGCCACUGAAAUACCUACAUGACAAAAUAGGCUAAGUGUCUCGUGCAUUGUUAAAUGAAGAAUGUGCCUUAAAACUCCAUAGUCUGCUGUGUCAUUUCUUCCCUUCUGUGCUAGGAUGUAGAUAGAGGAAGAAAUACAAGGAAAUGUCUUUAAAUUAGUAAUUGUUUCUCAGUGCAGAAAUGUCAAAUAGUUUAAUUAUGCAUGUCAUUUAUAUUAGAUUAAAAAUACAACAGUUUUGGCUUCAGGAUAAUCAAUGAAUGUCUCCAUGUAUGGAUUAUUAUUUAUGUUUUCAUAUGUUGUUAGAAAAAUUGUGUAAAGCAGCAGAAGUCAUAUUAUUGCUUAUUUUAACUAUGUGUAUUGCACAGAAUGAAAGGAAUACAUUCAAGUACAGAUGUAAAUACUGUGUGCCAAUAAAGUAAAUUUGUUUCAUUUUAGUAUAGAGUAUUUGGGCCUAUUCAUAUUUUACAUUUAACUUUGUGUCCUAAAUGAUUCCACAGUUAUUAAGCAAAAUAUCAUUCGUAAGCUGAAGUUCAAUUUCACUGUUGUGAUUUAUGUGAUCUCAUCUUUGAAAAAGAAAACCGUCUAAAGAUGUCCAUUGUAGCUGUAUUUUCAAGGAACUUUGUGUUAAUAUCUGUAGUAAUUUAUUUUAAAAAGUCUUAAGUAUUUCAUUCUGUACUGUGAAUCUGAUUCCAUGAGGUACUUAAUGUUGUACGUAGUAUUCAUAUGCUUCAUUAGUCACAGUGAUGGAAAGUGUAUUUCACAUUUUAGUAAGUACUUAUUAUACAUUGUGUCAACACUACCAACUGUGAAUAUUUGUUUUCAAUGGUAUCUGAAGUUGUGGGCUGCAUUUGGGCUGCUGUUGUAUGUUUUGUUGUAUUUUCAGUGUGACAAAUAAAUGUGUUUCAAAAUAAA